AUGUCGAUCUCUAGGGACCAGAGCAUAAGAACAGAUCUUGAGAAGCUCUACAGGCAAAUUAGCACUCGAUUCUCUCUUCUCAACUUCUUCUUCGAUGAUCCCUUAGGCAGUACCGACAUGGAAAACCCUAAGUGGAAAGACGAAGGGGAAGAGUGCAAACGCUUGUCGGAUAGAUUUGAGACGUGGGCUAGGACAUACAAACUUGGGGCGGCCGGCCAACUGUACGACAUGAAGCGCAGGAUGGACAAGAAAAGGGAGCUUUUGACGUUGUGUAACAGGCUUUACGAUGCUACUGAGCACUUCCCUAAUCUCACGGAAAUGUCAUGGAAGGAUGACCCGGACCGGCCAAGCGAGAACUGCUCGGACUCGUCAAGUGAUGACGGCAAGCAGCGUCGGCCCAGCAGAGCCAUUCCUGACGAGGAGCGAACCGAAGGUGAUCUCAAGAAGCAGUAUGCAGGACAGUUGUUGAAGGUCUCUCAUCAGCUUUACGAAUGCGAAAGAUUCCAGUUCGAACUGAAAGACUUUGAGCCAGAAAGGUACACCGCCCAUAUGAAUGAUCAAGGACAGAUAGAUCAAGAAGAAAAGGAUACAGAUAGGGCGGUGUACAAGAAGUUGUACGAAGGGGAGGACGAUGGGACGAUUAUUAACAACCUAUUCGACACCAUGCGAAGAACGCAUGUAGCGGCUCAUCCCAUGAUUGACUGGGAAAGCCGCCUCACGGAGCUUGUGCCAUAUAUGGAGCCUACCCGCCCAGACGGACCCAGCCAGGACCCGUAAAGCUGAGUUAUAACUUGGCUCUAUUCGGAGAGGACACUCCUCGCUGGACGAGGGAGUACACCUCGACAGGAUUUACAGAUUUUUUCUGGAAGGACAUCGUCGAGAAACGGAAAUUUAGGUUUGGGGGAUGCCAUGAAGCUUUGGGAAACAAACAACACACUCCUUGAAGACACAGCUUACCUACUCACCAAGUAAGUAGAGGUACCCAUGAAGG